UGACCAUCCCAACUGGAAUCCCAACAUCGCCGACCAUUCAGGGUGCCGCCAUGGGGCUGCUGGGUGGCUACGACUCGGAGGAGGAGAGUGAGGGCGCAAGCGCAAGUGCCUCAACGAAGCCAAGCGGGGCUGCUGCCUCAAAGCCCGCAACUACGGCGCAGGCUGAGGAGUCCAGUGAUGAGGACGAUGAGCCGGAAGCCAAGCGCACAAAGCUGACGGGGCCGAAUCCCUUGGGCCUACUGGCGCCAAAGUUUGCACAGAAAGAUGCAGGAACCAAGACAAGUCCCACGGCGGCGGCUAUGGCCUUUGUCCCACCACAGGUGCGAAAGAAGGGUCGGGUGGUGAGCACCGUGACGGACAACAUCAGUGAUCGAUCCUUUGGGAACUCGAAAUCCAGUUGAUGGCGAGGUCUGAGCUACAGCCUUCGCAGGGCACGGCUGAAUCGUUGGCACCAAGAUCGGGCAGCAUGGCUGAAGAUGUACACACCUCACCAUGUUAAACGCCGCUGCCAUCGCCCAAGAUUCAGCAUGCAGCAUCGCCCAGUGAUGCCCGGCCUGGACGUUGCCCAUAGUGACUUCCUGGUCGCUCGCAUCUGUCAGUGGAAAAAGUGUUGAAAA